AGAACACCUUCCUGCCCCCGUGAUACGCGCCCAUACCUGCCCAACACACCCAGCUUGUGUACGGACCGAUGAUUCGAAAUGUCCGGUGUCGAAGCCAUCACCGCCAUCCAGCUGAUCGACGCCUGCAUCGGCAUCGCUAAUACGAUCAUCGACAUUGGGCGUGCCGUUCACGAUGCUCAAGGAUUACCGCCAAAGCUUCGAGACCUGCUCGAAAAGUUGCCAGCAAUCCAAGAACUGUUGGAAAGUGCGCAGGAGAGCUGCGAGGAAGGGAGCAUCACAGAGGAUGCUAGCAAGAGCGCACAGCCGAUUUUGAAACAGUGCGAGGUGGCUUUAGCUGAACUAAGAGACAUAUUCAGGAAAGCGUGCCCAAAAGACGGGGAGAAUCGUACCAAGCGCAUCUGGAGAGGCACAAAGACUGUCUUCUUCGGCCGAGAUAGCCAGGCACAGAGGCUUCUGGUGACCAUCCAAGACAACUUGAGACUGUUGGAACAGAAGGAGAUCUAUGUUAUUGGCGACAAGCUGGACGCACUGGAGCAAGUUACGGAAUCACUAGCGAAUGAGGACGGCAAGUAUACACAUACUGGAGCGGGCAACAUCAUUGCCAAUGAAGGCGGCAGCUCUACGAAUUAUAUAGUUGGUGGAAGCAACAAUCGACAGAUCAACAAUCCUGGAGUGUACAAUGAGGGCCCUUCUACCGCUGACGACAGCGCGACGCUAGAACGACCCGAGACACCGCCUGAACCGUCAAUUAACGUCCCGUUUCCACGCGACCCAGACUUCGUCGACCACGGAACGCUGCUUGAUCAGAUUAGCAAACGAUGCGCAGCGCCAGCAUCGCGGGUAGCGCUGGUGGGCCUCGGCGGCGUGGGGAAGUCGCAGCUAGCCAUCGAGCACUGCUACCGCACUGCCGAACAGUCGCUGGACACGUGGGUGUUCUGGGCGCAUGCGAGCAACACCGCGCGACUCGAGCAGAGCUUCCGGGAGAUCGCCAACCAGGUCAGGGCUCGCGGCCGCAAGGACCCGCAGGCAGACGUGUUUGAGCUAGUGCGCGACUGGCUGCGCAAUGCGAAGAACGGACGGUGGCUAUUAGUGCUCGAUAAUACAGAUGAUGCUGCUAUAGUCUCUCCGACAGAGGGAAGCAGUGGUCUCCAGCAGCAUCUAUCAAGGUAUCUGCCUUUUAGCAGGCACGGCGCCGUCCUUGUGACGAGUCGGACAAAGAGCGCAGCGAUGCAGAUUGUAGAGGAUAGUGACAUUAUACUAAUCGAGCCAAUGCACGAUGCAGCUGCACACGCUCUGCUCCGUAAGAAGCUAAGGGACAUAGACGACAAAGACGACAACAUCGCUACGCUAGCUACGACGCUUAGUUAUAUGCCGCUUGCUCUCGUGCAGGCGGCAGCAUACAUUCGAGAGCGAGCACCACGGUGCUCUGUGCGGCAGUACCUCGAGGAGUACCGUCAGAGCGAUCACAGAAAGACGAGGCUGCUAAACCAGGAGGCGGGUCACCUUCGCCGAGAUAUAGCAGCUAGCAACUCUAUCUUAGUAACGUGGCAGAUCUCAUUCGACCACAUACGGAGCACAAGACAGUCAGCAGCAGGCCUGCUGUCGCUGAUGAGCUUCUUUGACCGACAGGGGAUUCAGGAAGCUCUACUCCACCAACAGAGCAGCAUAGCAGACGAUGGAUUUGAAGAGGACGUGCUAGUCCUGCGAGACUACUCACUUAUUACGGUGACUAGAGAUGUAGACACAUUUGAGAUGCAUAGCCUAGUGCAGCUAGCGACGCGCACGUGGCUUGAAAACGAAGGGCAGCUAGAUAAGUGGAGAGAGCGGUUUAUCUCUAACCUAUGUGCAGAGCUGCCGACAGGAGAGCACGAAAACUGGGAGAAGUGCCAAGCGCUAUUUCCACACGCACGAGCAGCACUAGCACAGCAGCCUAAGAGUAAAGAGUCACGAAAGGAGUGGGCGUUGUUGCUAUAUAGGGCGGCAUGGUACGCGUGGCGACGGGGGAGAGCUGGCGAGGCAGAGGAGAUGGCGACGAUGUCGAUGGAGGUUAGGAGUGAAGAGCUUGGGGAAGGAGAUGUGAGAAUGAUAGAGAGCAUGGGGAUGGUGGGACUAGCUAGAGAGCUUGGAGGUAAGUACAAAGAGGCAGAGGCGAUGCAUAGGCAGACGCUGGCGCAGAUGGAGAAGGUGUUCGGGUAUGGACAUCUACACACGCUGUCGAGCAUGAACAACUUGGCGCUAGUGCUAACUAGCCAGGGCAAGUAUAAAGAGGCAGAGGUGAUGAAUCGACAGACGCUGGCAUUAAUGGAGAAGGUGAAGCAUCCAGACACGCUAAUGAGCAUGAACAACUUGGCACACGCGCUGGAAAGCCAGGGCAAGUACGAGGAGGCAGAGGCGAUGAAUCGACAUACGCUGGUGCGGAGGGAGAAGGUGCUUGGGCAUGAGCAUCCAGACACGCUACUAAGUAUGCACAACUUGGCACACGUGCUGGACAGCCAGGGCAAGUACAAGGAGGCAGAGGCGAUGAAUCGACAGACGCUGGUGCGGAGGGAGAAGGUACUUGGGCAUGAGCAUCCACACACGCUACUGAGUAUGCACAACUUGGCACACGUAUUGGAUAGGCAGGGCAAGUACGAGGAGGCAGAGACAAUAAACCGACAGACGCUGGCGUUGAGAGAGAAGGUGCUCGGGCAUGAGCAUCCACACACGAUAACGAGUAUGGGCAACCUAGUAGGAGUACUAGAUAGCCAGAGCAAGUACGAGGAGGCAGAGACGAUAAACCGAAAAAGGCUAGUGCUAAUGGAGAAAGUGCUUGGGUAUGAGCAUCCAGAUACGCUAAUGAGUAUGCAUAAAUUAGUACUAUUACUGGAUAGGCAGGGUAGGUAUGCAGAGGCAGAGGCGAUAAAUCGACAGACGCUGGCACGGAGAGAAAAGGUGCUUGGGCAUGAGCACCUAUCCACGCUGACGAGCGUAUACUGCCUUGCUAAUCUUCUUACACAUCAACAUUACUACAACGAAGCCUUGGCCCUAUACAAGAGAGCAUGCACUGGGUACGAAACUAUACUUGGGAAGGCUCACUCAACCACGCAUGCGUGUCACCAGCAUUACGCUUAUGCGCUUGCAUCUCACAAGCAGCACCAGCUUGCUAUCCCUCCUACAACUACAGAUAGCAGCGCACGUGCAUACGCAGGCAAACAGUCAAAGCUGGACUACAUGUAA